AUGAGUAUCGAUUAUCGUCAAGAAGCAAAGGAUGCUAUCGAUAAGCGUGAUUAUGUAUCCGCUUGGAAUUUUUACACUCAAGCUUUAAUCGAAUCUCCAAAAGAUCUCGCAUUAUGGUGUAAUCGUGCUUUGGUCGGUCUAAAUGCUGGAUUUCCCGAACUAACUUUGAUGGAUUCAAAGAGAGUUGUCUUUCUUAGUUUAGAGAAAGGAAAGAGCAUGGCUAAUGAUAUUAAUUUACAAAAUCUCGUUUAUAAAGCAAGAUAUCGUUUAGGUUUGGCUGCCGAAAAAUUAGGACUUCCUUUUUUGGCUGCAAGAGAAUUCGAAUUAUUAGAUACUUUUAAUUCUAAAAAAAAUUUCGGAAAUAUAUUUGAAGAAUCUUGUCAUCAAAAAAAGAUUGACAUGACUGAAACUUAUUUGAGACAACAAAUUAUAUUAAAACGUGAAUAUGAAAAAAGAAAUACUAAAAUUCAAAUUUCAGGAAUUGGAAAAGGGUGGUAUAAAUUUACUGGAAGUUAUCCUUGGGAUAAUCGUCAAAGUGAACGUAUAUCCGCAAGUAUGCUUCAAAAAAUUCAAGGAAAAUUGGAUAUUGCCAGCGAUAAUAAAUUAAAAGCAGUAAUUAUUAGAUCUGAAACUGAUAAUCCAAAAUUACAACUUGGCAUUAAAACUAAACAAGAUGUCUCUCAUUUAACAAUUUUAUUUGAAGAAGACCCAUUUAUAUCAAUUCAUAAUCGAUAUAAUUUGAGAUGUGAUUAUUGUAUUAAUAAAUUAUCUCCAACCGCGAGAGAACCUGGAAUUCCUCUUAAAUAUCCGUGUAAAAAUCAAAAUUGUAAAGAAGUAUUCUGUAAUGUUCGAUGUUAUAAGAAAGCAAUGGAAUUAUAUCAUCGACCAUUAUGUGGUAAAGAUAUUAACAAGAUCAUUGAAUUAAGUAAAAGGGAAAUUGGUGGAUUAAAUCAUCAUGCUUUAUUUUUAUUGAAACUUUUUGCCAUAGCCAAAGAAAGAAAUAUUAAUCCUUUAGAUAUAGAAGAAAUUAAACAUUUUACAAGACUCAAAACGAAUCCACUAUUUCUUGAAGGUCAUCUCGUUUGGGAUCCAGAAUAUGAAAGUAUUUAUAAUAAUAUUUUAAGUAUUUUAGAUAUAACGAUGUAUGAUUUACAAUAUGAUUUUUGGAUUUUUAUUACUUUGAUGAAUAUGAUUGGAGCGAAUGUAUUUGGAAGAACUUUUACAGAUCAAGCAGCUGAAGAAAAACUUUCAUCCAUAUAUCCCCUUUGUGCAUUGAUGAAUCAUAGUUGUUGUGAUUUUGUUGUUCCACAAUACAUCUUACCUGAACCAUCAAAUACUGUACACAAUUUAAUUCAAGAUUAUGAAAGACGUAGAAAGAGAUAUCAUAGAAAAGGUUAUCAAUCAUAUCGAAUUACAUUAGUUACUCAUCGAAAUUUGAAGAAAGGUGAAGAAAUUUUUUAUCCAUAUACACAAUAUAGUAAUAGUAAACCAAGAAGGCACGAAUCUUUAUUAAGAAAUUUCGGAUUCAUGUGUCAUUGUAAUCAAUGUAAAAAAGAAUCUGGAAGAUAUAGAGGUAAACCAAUUGCGUGGUUUUUAUAUUUUCCGGGUGAUGAGAGGGGUAAAAAUUUGGUGGAAAUUGAAAAUUAA